CCUUGACUGUACCUUACAUGGCGCAAGAGAGGUGGUUGCUUUCAAAUGUUGAAAACUGAACCUCGGAUCAUAUUUUGGGUUAUACUCUGUGACAUUCCUUGACAAUCUACCCCAAGUAUAAUAGCCUUCCCUUCAUAAAACUGCAAGCCAUUGCCAUCGGAAAAAUUCGCUGAUUGUAUGAAUCCCAAUACGAUAUGCAAAUAGCUGCGUGUUUGUAUGGUCAUAACCUAUGACAGUCAUUCACACAUGCUGCACAUGCAUGUGUUCACAUUGCUCAAGUGCAUUAGUGAAAGUCGGGAAAGUUGACAUUACUCAACAAUUUAUUGGUAGAGAGUUCAUUGUUCUUUUUCUUAAUCAUUAUAAAACUAUCAAACAUACAAAAACCUAGUGUUCAAAAGACUGCGUUUUUUGCACAGAAACAACAUUAGUGUCAGAUGAUGCAAUGACACUUGAUAUAGAGAACAUAAUAUUACUGGAUUGGAAUAGUAAUUGAAUCAAAUCGGAAUGAUGGAGAGCUUAGACGAGUUAUGCUCGAAAGCUUUCAAACGAGCGGAUACAAACGUACAGGGAAAACUGAAAAAUACCUUUUUGACAAAUUAUCCUCAUUGUUUAGUACCUGGUUUAAAUUUGAAUAAAUCACCUACAAUCGAUUCUUGGCACGUUCAUAAUGUUAUGGGACUUUACCAAGAGUUUCCUUAUUAUUGCGAUUUACCAAAACCACUAUUGCCUCCUGUAAAAAUAACUAUGAAAGGUGAUCCAGCCCUCCAACUGAUAGAUGCUAAAGCACAUAUUGAAAAGGAUGUUAAAAGAAUUCUGCAUCAUUUUGGAAGACGCGAAAAUGAUUUUUCAAAGAUCCCCAGCAAAAAUGAAAUCAUAUGGAAAGCGGUCGAUGGUAACAUUCGAACUUCUGCUCCCAAAUAUGUGGCUGAUUUAGCUGCUUUGAUUGAGAUGGAUCCUGAUCCUUAUUUUGCAGGGAUGUACAAUUGGUAUUAUACCGGAGGAUCAUUAUCAAAUGUGUCGGUGGGUGGACAAUCUGUUCUAAUUUUCCCGUAUAUGGAUGAUUUAGUUGCUACUCACAUAAUACCAGUGAAAAAUUCACUGCACAAACCGAGUCUACGAACAGCUGCCACUUGUCAAUUGAAUGACUCAAUUUAUGAGAUAAGAACGAACUUAGAAAGAGAUAAUAGGCGAAUUUUAGCGAGAGCAAAAAACAAUUGUAUUAUUUAUUCACUCGCAGAAACCCACGGAAAAUUACGUUUAUUUCAGAUUGAAAAUAAAAAAUCAAGAUUACCCUAUGUCAGUGCUGAUCUCGAUCCAUUAAAUCACAACAGAUUUUGUUCGGUCGAUGUGGAACGAACUUUAACUCUAUGGGAUGUCUUAUCAGGUAAAAAAAUCGGAAGCAACCAUGUCGAAAUUACCAAACCCUUGGAAGAUAAGUGGGCUUGUGUCAAAAUUGGCAAAAAGGAUCCAAAUAGUAUUGUUUUUGUUGAUCGAUGUUGUCUCCAUUAUCUCGACGUAAGAGAAUCUUAUGAACGUCCAGUGCUGAGCCUGUGUCCCAGCCAACAUUUGGAGGCUUGUGAGAGUCUUUGCUCAGCGGUUCCAAGUAUUAACGAAGAUCACUAUUACAUGGCUUCGUAUCACAGUUUAUUGCUGUGUGAUCGACGUUCUCCGCAGCUCAGCGUACAGCAAAAAUGGACACACCAAUUCAAAAGUCCCCCUCUUUUUGCUGACGUACAUACAAGAAAUGAAAAAGAAGUGAUUAUUUUAUCCAAUCAAAUUGCCGGCGAAAUAACAAUUAUUCUGAACACGUGGGAUGGCAGAGACAGUUCGCAUUCUUUACAUUUGCCAUACACUCCACCAAGUGUCUUAAACACAUUGAGUGAAACUCAGAUGCAAGGAAAAUGUUUGGAUCCUUUGCUCAAAAAAAGAUUGGCACUGAGCACAUCCGGAAUUUGUACAAUUGCUGAUGAAAACGCUGGCACAUCGCUGUUUGUGAGAAAUUCGAUCGGCGACAUUUUUUAUCAAUGCAUUAAGGACGAAAUCGAAUUGGACCACUAUUCGAUGAUCAAUUGCGAAUCUACCUACGCUAUGGAAGCGUGGGAAAAACAACUCUUGCUGCAGGAACGUUUGAAAACUCCUCUGAUACUGACAGAUCGGACGAACAUGCAUCACCCCUUUGACAAUUUUAUGAACAAAACGGCGCGUAUAGAGCGAAACCUCGAGUCGGAUGACUUGUUAGAAACGAACCCAAAGUGGCAAGAAUCACUGGACAAGUUGAAAAAAUACGUUGACAUUUUGGCACCGGAGUUGCUGGCAGUGUGGGAUGUCACAGAAGCCAGCGUUCCAGAUUCACAAACGGUUAUUCCACAUGACAGAGUUUUGAAUUGGCUGGAAACGGCCAAUGAAACGACAUGCACCAUUGAAUCACAAGAGUAUCCCGAAUUCAUGCCAACGCCAAUAAAUACUCAAGAACUUUUCAGUGCUUCUCAACAACCAGAACCACAACCAGAAGUUAUUGACAUCAUAGAGGACGUUCCUACAGAAGCAUAUUUCCCACCGGUUGUAGUAAAAACUUCUAAGAAAGCACAGCCGAAAAAACGGAUGUAUGUGGCAGGUUUUUAGUUUUUCAGCCUGAGCCAACGAACUCCUAAAACUAUAAACGAAAUCCAGACUGUGGAUCGAUUUUGUCUGUACAUUGGUGUGCUAUAUGACUUCACCAUCGUUCACCUUACCAUCUACGUGCGAAGUAAUUUCACUCGUUGAUUACACUGUUAUAUUCAAGAAAGUCAUAACAUUGCGCUUUAUUUUACAAACAUUUUAAGUGUCACCUCAUGAUUUCAACGAUUUCGUAGGAAAGAUGGUGUCCACUUUGACGUCAAAACUUUGUUUCCUUCUCUUUGCGACUUCUGCGAUUCGUCUUCUUGCAUUUGUUGCUGAAAUGACAACAUCGAAUUAUUUUUAUAUUAACAUCGUUGAGCGGUUAUUCCAGACAUUAUUAUAAUUUAUUUAGAUCAAAUUGUUGGAUUGUACAGCUUUAUUUCAACGGACCUAUCUAUAAAAUACGACUGUUCAACAAAUUCAA